UAAUGCAGAGGAAACUGUUUAUCAGUUUCCUCUUUUGUUGGUAAAGCCUGUUUUGGACCUGUAGCCCUGGAGAUUUCUUAGAGAUUUGGGAGGGGAUGAAAUCUCCAAUCCUGGGCCCCAUAUAUUUGGGAGCAGCCAGCGUGCUGAUUGCACAGGUGUGUGCAGGUCUUUUAGGGAAGCCAGGCCAUGAUUCUGGGCUCCACCCCGGCAAACUGAGUCGGGAGGGCUACCACCCAGCAGGAGGAUUCCAACCCGGCAGGCAGGAAGGUCUCUGCCGUGGAGUCAGAGUGGAAGCCAGACUAGCUGUUGCUAGU